AUGCAUUCCAAUAGCUGUUUUACCCCUCUCUUCUCCUUUACUGGCCCUGCUGUGAAGAGACUCUUGGGCUGGAAGCAAGGAGAUAAGGAGGAAAAGUGGGCUGAAAUGGCAGUGGAUUCCUUGGUGAAGAAGCUGAUGAAGAAAAGGGGAGCCUUGCAGGAACUGGAGAGAGCCCUCAGCUGUCCUGGGCAGCCCAGCAAGUGUGUAACCAUCCCCCACUCCUUGGACGGAAGGAUGCAGGUCUUCCACCGCAAAGGAUACCCGCAUGUCAUCUACUGCCGUGUAUGGCGCUGGCCAAACCUGCAGUCCCAGCAUGAAUUGAAACCUCUCGCCUGCUGUGAAUUCCCCUUUGGUUCUAAGCAAAAGGACGUCUGCAUCAACCCUUACCAUUAUCAAAGGAUAGAAGCCCCAGUGUUGCCUCCAGUACUGGUUCCAAGACAGAGUGAAUACAACCCACAAUUCAGCCUCCUUACCACAUUCCAAAAUGUGUCUCUUGAGAAUGAGCAGCAGAUAUCCCACAGUGCAACUCUUCCUGAUCCUCACCCUGCAAAGCAGCCUCCCUGCACCCUUUUCUCAGCAUCCUACAAUAUGUACACUCCACCAACAAGCAGCAUGGGCUACUCAGUGACCUCAGGAAGUGCAAUUGCCCCCAAAAGGCCUUCUGAACUCACAGAUGCCCAACCUGUGAGCUAUGAGGAACCAGUUCAAUGGUGCUCAAUUGCCUAUUACGAACUCAAUAAGAGAGUUGGAGAAACUUUUCAGGCCUUUUCUCGAAGUAUACUAAUAGAUGGCUUUACAGAUCCGUCAAACAAGGACCGCUUCUGCCUUGGAUUGCUCUCUAAUAUUAACAGGAAUUCUUCCAUAGAAAACACCCGGAACCACAUCAGAAAAGGUGUCCACCUGUAUUAUGUGGGAGGAGAGGUCUUUGUUGAGUGUUUAAGCGACUGCAGCAUUUUUGUCCAGAGCUGGAAUGCCAAUCAUGAGUGCGGCUUCCACCCGAGCACCGUCUGCAAAAUCCCUAGUGGGUACAGCCUGAAGAUUUUCAACAACCUGCUCUUUGCCCAACUGCUUUCCCAGGCAAUUAACUAUGGUUUCGAGGCAGUCUCUGAGCUCACCAAGAUGUGCUUUAUCCGGAUGAGCUUUGUUAAAGGCUGGGGAGCAGGAUACCAUCGUCAGGCAAUCACCAGCACCCCGUGUUGGGUGGAGAUCCAUCUUCACGGAGCUUUGAAAUGGCUGGAUCAGGUGCUGAGGGAAAUGGGCUCUCCGGAGGCCCCCAUCUCUUCCAUCUCCUAAGAAUCAUCUCCA